AUUUUGUUAGAAUGUCAUUUGUGAUUUGGCCAGUUGUGAAAAUUCACGGCCAACGCCAACGUACGAAAUUCGCGGUCAACGUUUCGGCAACGCGGAUAUCGCCAAAAUUGUUUAUGUAAUAUGUUAAGCUGACGUGAGAAAUUCCAUCAAUCUGCCCACCAAACCGCGUGAUAAUAUUUUGGCCAAACCAUGUUAAUUUAUAAAGUGGGCUCAGUGGCGCGUACCGCUCUGCGCUCCCAGUCGAAAUUGUUGCUCCAAUUGGAGCAAGCAUGUGUAAUCUUUCAAUGCCGCCACCUGAGCCCAAUGGCCGAGUACCAGAAACGAGUGUCGUCUGGUCAACUAAGGAGCGAUAGCAGGCAGCAACAAACAAUGCAGAAACUGGACGAACUCUACAAUAGACUCCAGGGAUAUCGACCAUCCACACAGGGGGGCGGUGGAUCAGGCGGUGGAUUCUUAUCAUCUGUGUUUGGCGGUGGCUCCAGUGAUGGCAGUGAUGCCGACGACGAUAUGGAUGCGGGCAGCCACGCCCCCCAGGGUCUAUAUAUCUACGGUAGUGUGGGUGUGGGCAAGACCACGUUAAUGGAUAUUUUUUACGACUCCUGUACAGAGGUCCACCAAAAACGUCGGGUUCACUUCACCGCUUUCAUGAGCAAGGUGCACUCCCUCAUACACGAGGCAAAGGAACGACAGGGUCCAGUGGAUCGUGCCUUCAAUUCGGAGAGACCAGCCCCCUUCGAUCCCACUAAACCUGUUGCUGAUAUAAUAGCAAACGAGUCGUGGCUCAUUUGCUUCGACGAAUUCCAGGUGACAGACAUUGCGGACGCGAUGAUACUUAAGCGACUAUUCACGCACCUUUUUAGACAUGGCAUUGUCGUCGUGGCCACAAGCAAUCGGCAUCCAGAGGACCUGUACAAGAACGGCUUGCAGCGCGUCAACUUUGUACCGUUCAUCGGUCUGCUGCAGAGACGCUGCCAGACAGCGAAUCUAGACUCGAUCGAUUAUCGUCGCGUUGCCCAAUCAGGUGACACGAACUACUUCGUGAAAGGCAAGACAGAUGCUAAUGGAAUGAUGAAUCGCAUGUUCAAGAUUCUGUGCUCUGAGGAGAAUGACAUCAUCAGGCCCCGCACAAUCACGCAUUUUGGACGCGAACUGACCUUUCAACGCACGUGUGGCCAGGUAUUGAACAGCAGCUUCGUCGAGCUCUGCGAUCGCCCAUUAGGAGGCAACGACUACGUCCAGAUAGCACAGUUCUUUCAUACAGUGCUCAUACACGAUGUGCCCCAGCUAAAUCUUAACGUGAGAUCCCAAAUGAGGAGAUUCAUUACGCUUAUUGAUACUCUGUACGACAAUCGAGUUCGCGUUGUUAUCUCGGCGGAUGAGCCGCUGGACAGCCUAUUUCAAGUCUCUGAAAAAACCAAAAUAAGUGAUGCUGACCGAUCGUUAAUGGACGACUUGAAACUGAACGAGAAUUCGUCGAGCGUAUUUACUGGAGAAGAGGAAAUGUUUGCCUUUGAACGCACCGUGUCACGACUCUACGAGAUGCAGAAACAGGAAUACUGGGAGCAGUGGUCGAAGCAUCGUUGAGAUAUCAACUUAACGUUACCCGAUCCAAAUUCAAUGCAAUAUAUUAUUAGUUUAAUUAGGACAAUUAAAUGAACACAUUUUACUGUUGGCCGUCACAAAUGAA